AGUAUGAGAGCGACCAGAACACUCCACCCUGAGCUGCAGAUCUUCUUUAGUUUACUGGCUCUUUUAGCAGAAGCGUGGCAUGAUUUGGAUAACACGGAUUAUGACUGCUGGCCCUUGGAGAAACCGGAUGAGUAUAACAUGCUGGAUUGUGGAGGUCUAGAGAUGGCUUGGGUCCAUAGGCCUCCAGAAAAGAUAAUAAGUGGAGAAUCCUUUGAUGUCAUCUACUCUGUCUUUGCUUCUGAUUACUUCUACCAUUAUGCUGUGGAAAACGGGAUCUUCUUCAUCAGUGAUGCAAAGGCUGCUAAGAAGUUUUGUGAGGAACAGGAAUGUCCUCCCAACUGGAAAGAUGCUAACGGAGAAAACUGUUGUGUCCAUCAUGCGAACAUUCAUUCCUGUCCAUUGGCUUUCAUGGCAAAUGGUGGCAUAUGUGGACCAUGGAUCCCGGAUGAUGGUCAAAUAUUUACACAUACCGUGUCUACCGCAGGCAAAAUGACACAGACAAACUGGACUGCUAAGGUAGUCCUGGUACAUGUGGGUGUGACGUCUCUCAUUGCCCAUGUCAGAGUGGGGAAAAUGCAGGCUGCUCUAGAGGCCCAAACAAUAGUGCUCCCUGCAGUAGUCUGUGGCGAUGACAUUUGCGAAGAUGAUGAGAGCUGUUCCAUAUGCCCAGCUGAUUGUGGGGAAUGUCCCUUGACAACUGAAAUCAAGAUAGCCAUUGCUCUACCAAUAUGUUUAGUCUGUACUGGUUCCAUUUUGACAAUCUUGUGGUUUCAGUACCAAAAACAAAAAAUGUUUUGGGAUGAAAGCUGGAUUAUAGAUUACAGCUGUAUCAAGCAAGACCGUUUUUCAAGAACUGCCAUGGGGAGUACCUUGAGUAUUCCACGUGCACCCAGCAUCUCCAACACCAGCUGUCUCACGGGGUUGAGCUCCUCUACAGCACCUGCCAAUGCUUCCAAGGUGAAGUACUUCUCGCCCUCUGGAAUCUAUGAUGGCAGAACAGUUGCCAUCAAAAAAAUAAUGAAAAAGACAUUUACCCUUACCAAGACCAUACGUAAAGAAGUCAAGCAAGUAAGACAAUUAGAUCAUCCAAACAUUUGCAAAUUUAUUGGAGGCUGCAUUGAGGUACCAAAUAUUGCCAUAAUAACAGAAUAUUGCCCUAAAGGAAGUUUGAAUGAUGUGCUGCUUAAUGAAAACAUUCCUUUAAACUGGGGCUUCAGACUUUCUUUUGCCACUGAUAUUGCACAAGGAAUGGCAUAUCUUCACCAUUAUCGAAUUUAUCAUGGACAGCUGAAAUCAAGGAACUGUGUUAUCGAUGAUCGCUGGGUCUGUAAGAUUUCAGACUAUGGUUUACAAUCCUACAGAAAAGAGGAUUCAGGGAUGAAUUCCAGUAUUGCUCAUCAAGUCUAUUUGGCUCCUGAAGCUCACUCCAUGCCAAACUUUGAACCAACCCCUGCUGCAGAUGUUUAUAGCUACGCUAUCAUUCUUUUAGAAAUAGCCACAAGAAGUGAUCCAUCACAGAAGGAUGAUACACAGUCAGAAAAAUAUUCCUUGUGCCUCCCUUUGGCAGAAUUAAUAUCUGAAAAAUCUGAAAAUGCUUGUCCAUGUGCCACAGAAUAUAUAGAGCUCAUCAGAAAAUGUAGAAAAGGCAAUCCAUCACAAAGACUUACUUUUGAGCAAGUCAAGAAAUUGUUAUGUAAAAUGAACCCAAAUAAAGUUAGUCCAGUUGACAUGAUGAUGACUUUGAUGGAGAAAUACAGCAAGCACCUGGAAGUGUUAGUAGCGGAAAGAACACAGGAUUUAACAUAUGAAAAACAGAAGACAGACCGUUUGCUGUAUAGUAUGUUGCCAAAACAGGUUGCAGAUGAUUUAAGGCAGGGGAAACCAUCACAGGCCCAAAGUUAUGUAAAUUCCACCAUAUUUUUCAGUGACAUUGUUGGCUUCACGCAGCUCUCCAGCACCAGUACACCUUACCAGGUCGUGGACUUUUUAAACAAACUCUAUACCACUUUUGAUGAAAUCAUAGAUAAUUAUGAUGUCUACAAAGUUGAAACUAUAGGAGAUGCCUAUAUGGUAGUAUCGGGAGUGCCAAGAGAGAAUGGCAUUCAUCAUGCCAGUGAAAUUGCAAGCAUGGCUCUGGAGCUUGUUUUGGUGUGCAAAACAUUUAGGAUUCCACACAAGCCUGAGGCCCAGCUUAAAAUUCGAGCAGGAAUCCACUCAGGUCCAGUUGUGGCAGGAAUUGUUGGAACCAAAAUGCCACGGUAUUGUCUAUUUGGGGACACAGUCAACACAGCCUCCAGGAUGGAAUCUACCAGUGAAGCUCUCAAAAUACAGUGCAGUUCAAGCACAUACCAGCUGCUGCAACAGAUUGGAGAGUAUGUACUGGUGUGCCGGGGGAAUUUGCAAAUCAAGGGAAAAGGCGACAUGAUAACAUAUUGGCUGGAAGGGAAAAAGUUUGGAAUAAUUCAGAAGAAGGGAUUAAGCCCAUCUGCAACCUCUGACGCUAUUAACCAGAGUGGUUUUGGUAUCAUUCCUGGUGUUGUAUAGAACGGUCCAUUUUCAAAUCCAUUUCAAAAGAAUGUUAUUAGACGGCUGAUCUCUCUAGCUUUUUAAAAAAUUAUAAGCAGGAAGGAUCUGAGUUAUCUCAAGGUUCUUGUUUUUUUAAACAAACCAUACAACCAAUGCAAUUCUCAGCUCAUAUAUUAACCCAAGUAGUCUCUGUGAAGAUUCAAAUGCUAUAUCAAGCUAUGGUUUAUUUUUUUAAACAGUUUUUUAACAGUUUGAUACAUCUGUUUAUUUAUAGCUAGCCUGUUAUUUUCUCUGAAGACCCGAGGAUACAUAUCAUUUUCAUUUUGCCAGUGGUUGUAGCUUAGCAAGAAUUGUGAGUGCAGUCCUUGUAAUUUUGUGGCGAUGCUUUGUAGCUUGUGUUAGGCCACUAGUUCUUGUUCAACAAAACAUGGUUAAAAUGAACUAUGGUUUAGCACAAUGUAUAAUCUUAUUUGGGGUGGGUUUCAAAACUCGUCACUACCUGUUUGCUCAUGGGUGCUCGCACGCUUGCAACAUUUCUACACAUGCGCAGGAGCGUCCAGGCGGGUGGGCGGAGCCUCCUGCCACCGCCGCUACCAGUUCACCCAAUCCAGGGCAAACCGGUAGCAACCCACCACUGAUCUUAUUCCAAUUCACAUUCAACCCCAAGGUUGCUGUGAUUAUUACUGAAAUAUAGCUGUUAAGUAGCUCUCACUGCUGUCUAUGAUUGGCAGAGCUAUCAGGAAUCAUACAAUCGUGAAAGUCAAGAGUAGGUUUCUGUCAACAUCCAGCUUGAGUAAAUAAAAAUCCGGGAUCAUUUCAUUUCUGAGAAGCUUACUGUUUAUUGAAUAUAUUGCAUGGUAAUGGCAAGAUAAAACUAACCCUGACAUUCUCAGGCAUCAGUUCACAGUAUUAAACAAUGAUUUUCCCAGCCAAACCCCAGGCUUCCUCAUAGACCAUGUAAAUAAGUUCUCUUUGUUAUGGGAACCAUUUGCCUUCUUUUUCACACCUGUUAAGAUGUCCUUGAAAAGUUUCCAGACUUUCACAAGGUUCAGUGGAACUGUAGAAGUUUCAUUUCUCCAAUUAACCCAUUUGUAAUCAAUACUUUCCCCCUUACCCUAAUGACAAGUUGAAACAAAAAGGCACAUAGCUGCCAAUGUUUCACUUAACAGGUUUCAUUCUUUCCCCUUGUAAUGUCCCUUAUACACCAUCCCUGUUAACAGCUACCCAGAGGACAUGAUUGUUUGGGAGAACAUAUUCCAUAGUUUAUAUGUAGAAACUCACAGUGGUUUGUACUGGAUAAAGUUAAUCUCUUUUAGACUUUUAGACUCUCCUUCCUUAGAACACAAUUACUGGGCAAGGUUAGAGAGGACACAAGAAUUUGGAACUAACAAGCUUGCUUAGUUUCCCAUUUCUAUUCGGUUGGGAACUCAUGUUUCCUAAAAUGUGGAAAAAAUAGGAGACAAUGAAAUAAAUGGCAGUUUGUGUAUGAUGUGCUGUCCAAAUCAGUUUUAUUAAGAUUUUUUUUUUCUAGGCACGGUAUCAAAACUCAUACAUGAUGGUAUAAUUCUUUACCUCUAUUAUAUUCAGAACUUUUUUUGGAGGCUGAAAGGGUUCCAAGUUGGCAACAAACACCGAGUAAAGGCACAAAUGCAAGGUCUGAAUGCAAACACUUUAGAAAACAAAUGGGAGAAAAAGUCGUGAUGCUGUCUAUACUGUUGUGUUCCUUUUUUGUAUGAGGAUAAGCAUUGUGUGUUGGCAUUGUUUAAUUCACUUUUGGGAUGUUGGAUUCCUAUUGAAUUGCUACUGGAGGAUGCAAUGCUUUUUUCACCAAGGACCUCAAAAUCACUCUGGCUUUUCUUGGAAUUUGGGGUGUUGGCUAAGCAGUCUGAUUCCUGAAGCAAAAGCUUGGCUUCUUCCUGCAAGUAUUCCUUUGUUCCUAAAAAACUACUGCCAUAAGUAAGUGACACUCCCAUUACAGAACUGUGUAACAUCAGUUAAAUGCACAUGCGUUCAAAGAUGCUCAAGUCCCCUAGUGAUUAAGAGAAGUCCUGCUGGAUCAGACCAGAGACUGAUGUUACUUUGACUGGUUGAGAAAAUAUGAAUUAUGCUUAAAGAGAUUCUGUAUGUUAUGAAAAACACCCUCUGAAAAAAAUUCUCAUUUAUUAGAGCACUCAGCAAUCAUUACGUUUUAUUUCCCUUCUUUUUCUCUUUAUGCUGAUUUGUGUUGAGUUGAAGAACUUGAUACUCUUGGAUUUAAUGGAGAAAAAUAUUGCAGUCUUAUAUAGUAACUACAUAUUUUUGUAUUAGAUUAGUUAGGCCAAAGUUAUUUGCCUAUUUGUUAUAAUUAGAAAAAAUAUUGAGCUUUACCCAUAAGACUCCAAAUUGUAAGUCAGUAAUAUUUCAGUAAUUGUUUCCUUAUCUGCAGUACUUUCUAAAGAUUCAUUUUGUCUGUAAUUUCUCUCUGCAGGAUGUUUUUGCUUCUUGUAACUUCUAUUCUCUUCCAACUUUCUUUUCAAUGAAUAGCCAAUAUAUGAAAUUGCUUUCUGUUUUGCUUUCCUUUGUGAUCUGCAUUAAUUGGAGUCAGAUGGAGAAAAAAGGUUGCUUUCAGAUGUUAAGAGAUAAAAAAUUGUUCUUUAUUAUAAUAGCAAUUAUAACUCUUUUUA